AUGAGACUUCAGCAAGGAAGCGAUAAUACAAGUUCUAAGGAAUUAGCGGAGUUCUCAAAAUGGAUUUUAAAUGUCGGUGAUGGUAAGAUAUCUGAACCAAAUGACGGAUUGGUGGACAUAGAGAUUCCUCAAGAUUUAUUGAUUACCAAUUAUGAAGAUCCUAUCAAAGCUAUUGUUGAGAAUAUAUAUCCUAAUUUGGUUAAUGUAUUCCAAGAUGUUGCAUAUCUACAAGGAAAAGCAAUUCUUGCCUCAACCAUUGAAGUUGUGGAUAAGAUCAAUCAUUAUGUAUUGGACCUUAUACCAGGUGAAGAGAAAGAGUAUCUUAGUUACGAUUCAAUCGAUAGAACUGACACGAGUUAUACCAAAGCUUAUGAAGUGCUAACUCCAGAAUUUCUUAGCAAAUUAAGAACAUCAGGUUUACCAAAUCAUAGAAUCAAAUUGAAAGUUGGUACUCCCAUUAUGCUUAUGAGAAAUUUGGACCAAUCAGAUAGAUUGUGUAAUGGAACAAGAUUGAUUGUCACAAGGUUGGCCAAUCAUGUCAUUGAGGCAAAAAUUAUUUCUGGCAAGAACAUAGGUAACCUUUUUUACAUUCCUCGAAUGUCUAUGUCACCUUCAGAGUCACCGUGGCAAUUUAAGUCGAUUAGGAGACAAUUUCCAAUUAUUGUCUCUUACGCAAUGACAAUUAAUAAGUCUCAAGGUCAGUCUCUUGAUAGUGUUGGUUUGUAUUUGCCUUCUCCCAUGUUUAGUCAUGGACAACUUUAUGUUGCAAUCUCAAGAUUUACUACAAAAAGUGGUCUUAAAAUCUUAAUACACGACAAAGAGAAUGUUCCGUGCUCCACUACCACAAAUGUUGUAUACAAGGAGGUUUUCCAAUCACUUUGUUAG